AUGAGCUGUCAGAUGUCGUGCAAGUCUCGAAGAGGAGGAGGCGGAGGAGGCGGUGGAGGAUUCCGUGGCUUCAGUAGUGGUUCAGCUGUGGUCUCUGGAGGGGGCCGGAGAUCAACCAGCGGCUUCUCCUGCUUGAGUCGCCAUGGUGGUGGCAGAGGAGGCUCUGGUGGAGGUGGCUUUGGCAGUCAGAGUCUUGUUGGCCUCGGAGGGUACAAGAGCAUCUCUACUAGUGUGGCUGGCUGCGGCAGUGGAUUUGGUGGCAGAGGCGGCGGAGGCGGCUUCGGAAGCGGCAGCAGCUUUGGAGGCGGCAGCAGCUUCGGAGGCGGUGGUGGCUUUGGAGGUGGCUCUGGCUUCGGAGGUGGCUCUGGCUUUGGAGGAGGCAGAGGAUUUGGAGGAGGCAGUGGAUUCGGAGGUGGCAGUGGAUUUGGAGGUGGCAGUGGAUUCGGAGGCGGUGGAUUUGGUGGAGGCGGCUUUGGUGGAGGCCGUUUUGGAGGAGGCGGCGGCUUUGGGGGGCCUGGAGGAUUCCCUGGUGGAGGCAUCCAUGAAGUCUCCAUCAACCAGAGCCUCUUGCAGCCUCUUGAUGUCAAAGUAGACCCAGAGAUCCAGAAUGUGAAGUCUCAGGAGAGAGAGCAGAUCAAAACUCUCAACAACAAAUUUGCCUCUUUUAUCGACAAGGUUCGAUUCCUGGAGCAGCAGAACCAGGUGUUACAGACCAAAUGGGAACUUCUGCAGCAGCUGGAUGUGGGCACCCGCACCACCAACCUGGACCCCAUCUUCCAGGCCUAUAUUGGCAUGCUCAAGAAACGAGUGGACAGUCUUUCUGCAGAAAGAAACUCGCAGGAUUCAGACUUGAACAACAUGCAGGAUCUCGUGGAAGACUUUAAGAAGAAGUACGAGGAUGAAAUCAACAAGCGCACAUCUGCGGAGAAUGAGUUUGUGACGAUCAAAAAGGAUGUGGACAGUUCCUACAUGGACAAGACAGAGCUGCAGGCCAAGGUGGACAUACUGACGCAGGAAGCUGAUUUCCUGAGAACACUCUAUGACACGGAACUGUCUCAGCUACAACAGACUGUCACUGACACCAAUGUCAUCUUGUCCAUGGACAACAACCGGAACCUUGACCUGGACAGCAUCAUUGCUGAGGUUCAGAAUCAAUAUGAGAUCAUCGCCCAGAAGAGCAAGAUUGAGACAGAGGAGCUGUACCACAGCAAGUAUGAAGAACUCCAGGUCACUGCUGUAAAACAUGGAGACAGCUUGAAAGAGGUCAAGAUGGAGAUCAGUGAGCUGAACCGCACAAUCCAAAGGCUGCAAGGGGAGAUAUCACAUGUGAAGAAGCAGUGUAAGAGUGUUCAAGAGUCCAUUGCAGAUGCAGAGCAGCGUGGGGAGCAUGCCAUUAAAGAUGCCAGGACCAAGCUCACUGACUUGGAGGAGGCCAUGCAGCAGGCCCGGGAGAACCUGGCCAAGUUGCUUCGGGACUACCAGGAGCUCAUGAACACCAAGCUGUCCCUGGAUGUGGAGAUCGCCACCUACCGCAAGCUGCUGGAGGGCGAGGAGUGCAGGAUGUCUGGAGACUUCAACGACAACGUGUCUGUGUCCGUGACAAGCAGCACCAUUUCUUCAUCCGUGGCAUCCAAGGCUGGCUUUGGCUCUGGAGGUCAAAGUUCCGGAGGAAGAGGGUCUUAUGGAGGAGGAGGAGGAGGAGGAAGCACCUAUGGCUCUGGAGGCAGAAGCUCUGGCUCCAGGGGAGGGUCUGGAUCCGGAGGAGGCGGAUACAGCUCUGGAGGAGGCUCUAGAGGAGGAUCCGGAGGAGGAUACAGCUCUGGAGGAGGUUCCAGGGGAGGAUCUGGAGGAGGAUACAGCUCUGGGGGAGGCUCCAGGGGAGGUUCAGGCUCUGGAGGAGGAUACAGCUCUGGGGGAGGCUCCAGGGGAGGUUCAGGCUCUGGAGGAGGAUACAGCUCUGGGGGAGGCUCCAGGGGAGGUUCAGGCUCUGGAGGAGGAUACAGCUCUGGGGGUGGCUCCAGGGGAGGUUCAGGUUCUGGAGGAGGCGGAUACAGCUCUGGGGGAGGCUCCAGGGGAGGUUCAGGCUCUGGGGGCAUAGUAUCUGGCUCUGAAAGGGAGGGUUCUGGUUCAGGGGAAGGUUGUGGCUCCGGGGUGACCUUCUCUUUUAGAUAG